UAACAGAUUAUAUCUAUAUAAUCAUAUUGGCAUGGCAUAAUUCAUUCUUUGCUUUCUCUCAUCAAUCUGCGUUACACUUCAGUUUCUUUCUUUUUUUCAAGUUCGUCGUUGCUUUCUUUUUGAAGUUCUUUAAUUCGUUAAAGUGAAUUUCUGUCGUAGUUAGAGAUCAAGCUAAAAGAAAAUGGAAAACUCUCAUAAUUUACCCGUAGGUUAUAGGUUUCGACCUACUGAUAAUGAGAUAAUCCUUUAUUACCUCUUCAAUAAAGCUAGUGGUGUUUCAAUUCCUUCAAACCCUAUAAAGGAUUUUGAUCUUUAUGAUGAUAAUGAUCAAACAAUGAUGAAAGUGUUUCAAGAUACAAGUCAAGAAAAAAACUUUUACUUUUUUACUAAGUUAAAGAAGAAGCAUGGCAAAGGGAUGAGGAUUCAAAGAAUUACGGGUUUAGGCACUUGGAAAGAAACUCAAAAAGAAAAGAAUAUAAGUUGGGAAAAUCAAAUUAUUGGCACUAAAAGAGGAUUCAAGUUUGUGCCUAAGAAAGGUUUUGAGUUAAAUAGUAGGUGGCUUAUGGAUGAAUUCAGGCUUCAUUCUUCCUUACUCAACCAAACAAACCAAUUUGAUGAGUACGUAGUUUGUCAUAUAAAGAAUGAAAAAGAGUUAAGGUCCAAGUCACAUUUUUAUGAAGAAGACAAUAAAGUAACUCAAGAACAAGAAGCCUCUCUUCAAUCUGAUUCUGGUACUUUCAAUCUCAAAUUACAUCAACAUGGCAGCGAGCUUAUGGAUACGAUCUCUGAUAAUCUCUGGACUACUCAAGAAGUGUUGGAACCUCUUCAGUUAGAUAUGAUCUCCGAUAAUGACUGGAUUACAGAAGAAGAGUUGGAAAAAUUGCUGCUAGAUUAGGGAUCUUCUCAUUAGUUGUCAACUAUAUAAUUGCAAUCUCCUCUCAUGUUUCAAUGGUCCACGUAGAGUGAAAAAUAUAAUUGCAAUCUAAAAAGUGAGUC